AUGGGUUUCCCGUCUUACUGCAAGUGGGUUGCUCUCGCCUUGGCUGCGACUGCGGCUGCGCAGACUACUACCAGCUGCGACCCUAUGAAUAAGACUUGCCCAGCAGACACCGGUCUGAACAAGUACCGUCUCAACACCGACUUUACCGCUGGAUCUCUAGGUCGCUGGAACACCACCGCCGGCACCGUAACCACCACCGACCUAGGCGCCAAGUUCACCAUCACCGAACAGGGUGACGCGCCGACAAUCGAAAGCGAGUUCUACAUCUUCUUCGGCCAUGUCGACGUCAAGAUGAGAACCGCGAACGGCACCGGUAUUGUCAGCACCUGGAUCCUCGAGUCCGACGAUCUCGACGAGAUCGACUGGGAACAAAUCAGUACCUGGGACACUGAAGCCGAAACCGACUACUUCGGAAAAGGCAACACAACCUCCUACGACCGCGGCACAACCGUAACAGUCUCAACCCCAGAAGAAACAUUCCACACCUACUCAGUCGACUGGACCGCCGAGCGCAUCGAGUGGCUCCUGGACGGCGUCGUCGUGCGCACACUCGAGUACGCCGAUGCCGUCGACGGCACAAACUACCCCCAAACGCCCAUGCGCAUCCGCAUCGGCAUCUGGGCCGGCGGCGACCCAGAUAACUCCGAGGGUACGAUCGAGUGGGCCGGCGGCGAGACUGACUACACCGAAGGUCCGUUCUCGUUCUACGUUGAGUCGGUCAAUAUCAUCAACUACACCCCGGCUUCCGCGUACAGGUACACCGAUAAGACGGGCGACUACACCAGCAUCAAGGCUACGAACGCUACUAUCUCUACCAACUUGAGCUCGUCGAACUCUAGCUCCAGUGUCGCUUCCAGUAAGACUUCGUCUUCGGCUAAGGCUAGCUCGUCGUUGAUUGCUUCUUCGUCGGCGUCGGCUUCUGCGGCGGCUUCUUCCAUGAGUUAUGUCUCUGCUGCCCCGGCUUACUAUAGUUCUAUCUUUGCUAUGGCUGUGGGAUCGGUCGUUGCUGGCUUGAUGCAGUUUUAG